AUGGCUGAACUCCAGUGGGGGAUGAAGAGGAACAACUUCCCACCACCUAGGCAGGCCACAAUCCUGGGAGUCAUGAGGACAGCAGACCGACUAACAUGCCUUGUAGACUUUACAAGAAUGGAGCUACCUGGCCAUCGCUGGAGCCGUAGCGAGCACAACCUCCACAGAGGCGAGGGGAGGGCAGGCCAGACCGAACCGAACCAAACCAAGGCGCUUGCUUCGCUGAGGCUCUGCUGGCGGGAACCUCCUCAGUACCCAGCCCACUCAGGCCUGGGAGCUGUCACCGCCUUGGGGCUCCGCAGGAAAAACAAGAGCCCGGCGGUGCUAAGCCACGAGUUCGUCAUUUAGAACCAUGCGGAUACCGCGUCCUGCCUGGUGGUGGGCCUCCUGCUGGGGCUCGUGUUUGAGGUACUGGCCAAGUAUGCCAUUAUCUUUAUUGCUGUGCAGUACAAUGUCACCUAUACCACUAAUGACAACAGUGAGCAAUUUCAUUUUUAUGACUAUGGUCCAAAAGACAUUGCCACAAUCUUCUUCUACAUGCUCGUAGCUAUUAAUCUGCAUGCAGUAAUCCAGGAGUACAUAUUAGAUAAAAUUAAUAAACGUCUGCAUUUGUCAAAAACAAAGCACAGCAAAUUCAAUGAAUCAGGACAGCUAUCAUUUUUCUACUUCUUUUCAUUUAUAUGGGGAGCAUGUAUUUUGAAUGAACAAUUAAUGAAGAACCCAACCUUUCUCUGGAAAGAUUAUCCCCAUCCUUGUAUGCUUUUUCAGAUAAAAUUCUUCUAUAUUUGCCAGAUAGCCUAUUGGCUUCAUGCACUGCCAGAGCUAUACUUCCAAAAGAUACGAAAGGAAGAUAUUCCAAGGCAGCUACAUUAUAUUUGCCUUUAUAUUGCUCAUAUCUCUGUUGCAUAUAUAUUAAACUUGCAGCAUUUGGGGCUAAUUCUGAUGGUACCUCACUAUUUAGUGGAACUCAUUUUUCAUGCCUCACGUCUUUUCUGCUUCAGUGAUGAAAACAAGCAAAAAGGAUUUACCAUUUGGGCUUUACUUUUUGUAAUGGUGCAUCUUUUGACCCUAACUGUAUCUCUCCUCACAUUUGGAUUUGGUCUGACAAGAGUAGAGAGUCAAGGUUUUUCCACAGCAGAUGGAAACUUCAGUGUACUCCCUGUGAGGAUUGGCUGCCUGUGUGCUGUCUGUCUAACACAGGCCUGGAUGAUGUGGAAAUUUACAAAUUUUCAGCUGAAGAAAUGGAGAGAGCAUGUUAAGAACUGUAUUUCAAAGAAAAAAAUAACUAAAAAGAACAAACGAACAAAAAAGGAACCAAACAGAGCUAACUUUGUCAAUGGAGCAGCAAAAUCAGAAGGUGGAGCAUCUCCAAGAAUAAGAAAAUCAAAACCAGUAUGA